AUUUCCCUCUCUCUUUGGACUUCAAUGAUUUUGAUCUAAUCCCUAAUCUCUCUCUAUAUACUACUCUCUUCUUUGAAAACCUUCCCUUUACGAUUUUUCCAUAGCAGACACAGAUUCCUUCUCAAGGUAGAAGAAGCAGAUUCACGAUCCCAAAACCCCAAGGCCAUUGAAGAUGGUCGGGAACAACAACAACAACGCCAAGUCAUCGACGAACAAGCCUCCGGCAACUUCCGCUCCCACCGCUGCAGUUUCCUCUUCACAGAACCAUAAACCUCGUUUGAAUUCGACUAACAACGAUGGUGGAACCAGUAACAACAACAAAAAAGAAAGCAAACCGACGACAGGUGGCCAGAAAAUCGCCGAUAAGAAACUUCCGAAGCCUAAUUUUUCUCCUAAGCUAGCUCCGAUUCCGAAACAAUCCAAUCAGAAUCAUCCAAAUCCAUCAGCUCCAUCAUCUUCACGGCCAAUGGCUCCGUUUCCUUUCCCUGAUUCAUCUGCGGCGCUAGGUCCUCCUCCUCCACCGACGUAUGGAUUCCAUAUGCUUGAGCGGCGCACAAUUGUUCUCGCUGAUGGUAGUGUCCGUUCCUACUUCGCUCUUCCUCCUAAUUACCAGGAUUUUCCUCCUCAGAGUCGACUAGCUGGACCGGAAUUUGGUAGAUUCCCUCCCUUUUACCCGGAAGAGUUUCGAGAUCAGCGGAUGAAACGGAAAUAUCCGGGUGAAGAAGAGAUUGAUAGGAGAGACGAGAGAGCUGAGAUGCUGAGACAAAGACAGCAUUUUAUGCAGUAUGCGAAUCCUAAUGAUCAAUCACUUAUGGCUGGUACGAGUAGUAGUCCGUUUCUUAGGGAUGUUGGAGAAGAUGGUAGAGCAGCUAAGCAUAUGCGGAUAGGAUCAAGUAGGCAUGACAAUGGAGGUCUAUUGGUUGACCAGAUUGCACUAAAGAAAUCGUUUUUGAGUUUUGUUAAGCGAGUUUUCGAGGAUCCGACAGAGAAGAAGAACUACUUGGAGAAUGGGAGAAAAGGGCGGCUUCAGUGUCUCGUUUGUGGCAGGCCUUCUAAAGACGUCCAGGAUACACAUAGUUUGGUAAUGCACACAUACUGUUCGGGUGAUGCUAGCUCACGCGUGCAUCACUUAGGCCUACACAAAGCUCUCUGUGUAUUGAUGGGAUGGAAUUUCUCGAAGGCUCCUGAUAAUUCAAAGGCAUACCAGAAUCUACCUGCUGAAGAGGCAGCAAUCAAUCAAGCCCAGCUGAUUAUUUGGCCACCUCAUGUUAUUGUUCAUAACACCAGUACAGGGAAGGGUAAAGAAGGGCGCAUGGAAGGCUUUGGAAACAAAACAAUGGAUAACAGAAUUAGAGAACUAGGACUCACUGGUGGGAAAUCAAAGUCACUGUAUGGAAGAGAGGGUCAUUUGGGAAUUACAUUGUUCAAGUUUGCGGGAGACGAUUCAGGGCUCAGGGAAGCUAUGAGAAUGGCAGAAUAUUUUGAGAAGAUAAACCGUGGGCGUAAGAGUUGGGGGAGGGUACAAACACGCACUCCUAGCAAAGAUGAUGAGAAAAACCCUAGUCUUGUCGAGGUUGAUGGGAGGACGGGUGAGAAAAAGAGGAUCUUUUAUGGUUAUCUUGCGACUGUAACGGACUUGGACAAAGUCGAUAUGGAUACAAGGAAGAAGACCACAAUCGAGAGCCUUAGAGAACUCACAGGAAAAAAGUAAAUUAUAGGUCUCUCUUCCCACAAAAGGUACACUUUACUUUCGAGGUAUUUGUUGCCUAUUGAAUCUGGAUUCUUAGUCGCAAGCUCAAAAACUUGAAAGGAGGAAAGAAAAGUUUGGUGUGUUUUUUUUUUUCAUAAUUUAUAGAUGAAUGUCUUGGUCUCUUUGAUCCUUUGUUUCGGUGUUCAUAUUGCAUAGACUAAUAUCGGUUGAACCUGAUAUAUACAAGCUUCUCUUUACCAACACCCUUAGAAGUAUAUUGUGUUAGUUGCUUGAUG